CAUCUGCGCGGACGCCGCAUAGUCAGCGCAAGCCUGUGGCGCAUUACCUAUAAGUACACAUUAGUGUUAAUGAACUGUGACUAAGUGAAAAUGUUGCCAAAAUGGCUUAUACCGGCGUUGGCUUAUUUGUGUUUCGUGGAAGGACCUUUCAGGCUCCACCAUACGGUGAGAAGGCCAACUAUGAUCGACCGUAUACACCAAAGAAUUGUCCAUUUAAGGAGAGAAUCACAAUGUUCUACCGCCGACAACAAGAGCGGCGACUGCAGAAGUAUAUUGGAAUGCCCCCCACUCAGAGCAAUUGUGAACAAGGCACGCCUUACGCCAGACGAGAUGAACUUCCUCAAAAAGUCAGCAUGUGGAUUCAUCGGCACAAUACCAAAGGUGUGCUGUCCAUCAGCCACUGAACAACCUCCUCCUACUCCAACUGAGUCGAAAACUUGCUACACACCGGAGGGUAACCAGGGCCAGUGUGUAAGUGUUUUCCAAUGUGAACAAAUUGCGAAGAGGUUGCAGUCCCCUACGGUCAGUGCUGAAGAUAGAGCUUAUGUUAACAGUAUUAGAUGUAUAAGCCCCAACCCCGGCUUCAACGUGUGCUGCGGGCCACCUCCAGGGCCACCGCCGCCGACCGGUCUGUGUCAACCUUCCGCGGCACCGCCCGAUCCUAGGACAGAAUGCUGCGGGAUGGAUGGAAGCAGCGCUAACAAGAUUACCGGUGGAAACGCAACAUCAAUCGACCAGUAUCCGUGGCUGGCGAUCGUCGAGUACAAAAAGGACAACAAAAUCAAGCUGCUUUGCGGCGGCGUGCUCAUCUCCGGGCGCUAUGUGCUCACGGCGGGUCAUUGCGUGAAGGGAACAGUGCUUGAUGCAGGGACACCAACAAAUGUGCGUCUGGGUGAAUACGACACGUCUAACAGCGGUCCCGACUGUGUACCCGUAGAAGGCGGGGAUCCAGGAGAUAUGGACUGCACCACGGACCCGGUCAUCAUCCCUAUUGAGCACAUCAUUCCCCAUCCUGAUUACAAUCCGCGUAACCCGCUGAGGAGGCACGAUAUCGCUAUGCUGAGGCUUUCAGAACUUGCACCCUAUACAGAUUUUAUCCGGCCGAUCUGCCUGCCAAUGAGGGAUGUAACCUCCAGCAUACCGUCCUCUGGGAAGUUAUUUGCAGCAGGCUGGGGAGCUAUCAAUGAAACACAUUCUAGCAGCAAAAUCAAGCUACACGUCGACUUGCCUUACAUAAGCCUUGAGGAAUGUCAACCGGCCUACAACGUGCCCAAACGCCGUGUCACUUUGUGGAGCGGCCAGGUGUGCGCUGGUGGCGAGAAAGGCAAGGAUUCCUGCAAAGGGGACUCGGGAGGGCCUCUCAUGUACUCCGAGGGAUCCACAUUCGAGGUGGUUGGCAUCGUCAGUUUCGGCCCGACGCCGUGUGGUCUGGAAAACAUUCCUGGAGUGUACACCAAAGUGUUUGAAUACUUGCCAUGGAUUAGAAGCAAUAUUCAGCCUUGAUUUUAGACUGACUUUAUGAAUAAGAACUGAUUAAAACAUGGAUGCCAUAUCAUUGGUCAACAUUUGCAUAGAAUAAAAAAAUACUAUAGCUUAUCUUGUGCUUUAAGCAGCCCCUGUAUUGCGUACCAGAAGCCAAUACACUGCAAAGGUCAGGUUCUGUGAAUGCCCCGAAGAUAUAGUUAUAGGUACGAGCUCGAGUACAUUAAAUGGUGUUUUAUAAAUGCGAAAUUGACAUAAUUUGUGUAGAAGUGACUAAUAAAAAAUGACUUCAUGAGUCGACAAUACCUCAGAAUAAGCGAUAGCGGCACUACGAGCUACGUCCCGAAUGGAAUUACCUCACCCCUUGGUGGCAGAUUGGCAGAAUCUCAGUUCGAUGCCAUGACUGAAAGUUCAAAACUUUAUUGUAAAUUCAAUUGUACGGAUACUUGUGAAUUUUAGUACUUAAAUCAUAUUUUUUUACCCUUGAGAAAGGACCACUUGGUACAGGAAUUUUAAAUAAGCUUUAUUCUCUUCUAGCCUCAGGCAAAAUAAUUAUGAGAUUUGUGAUACAUAUUUGGGAAAUGCACAUUUGUCAAAUCAAUGUGAGAUUGUAUUAUGAACUGAUCCAGUAGGAUAACGACUUAAUGAGAUUAAUUGAUGAUUAAAUAAUUUAUACUGUA